AUGUUUGCACGUACAAUUUUGCGAAGGGCCGGAAACGAGACUUAUGGCGGUUGGCCAUGGCCAGUUAAACUCCCGUUUAAGUCUGACUGGUAUCACCACCUUAGUCGACGGGAGAGUAUCGCUGAUGAAACCCGACAGUAUACUGUUGUGGGAGAUUUUUUGUUGCUCAGUAUUGUCGGCUAUUCUAUUUACCGUGUGUACCAGUUGUACUUUCAAACAGAUGCGUAUCAGACCCACCUUUCCCAUCUUAAUCAGUUUCCGCCGGCUAUUGUAGCGAAUGAGUUUGACUUUAAAAACAUUGAAAACAACCGUAAAGUAACACGAGCCGUGCUAGAUGAAUAUCGGGAGGCCGCAGUGACAUGCAAAGCCGAACGUCAACCACUUGAAAACGUCAUUUUCAAAUAUUAG